AAUCCCUACGCUUCUCUCUCCGCAAUCACUCCUUGAGAGCAUCUCUCUUUAGAAUAUUGAGUAUUGCUGACUGGAGCGUCGGAGUGUUUUCCCCGAGAAAACAACCUCGGGAUUUUCAGGUGUAGAAGCAGCUGAGGACUUCAACAGUGUUGGACUGCGAAGCUGCUCAAACAUUUGGCGCCGUCUGUGGGAACUUCGAACAAGAAGUUGUGUGACUUAACCUGCUGAAAGACAAAAUGGUUCGUACUUUUAUAGGAGGUUGCCCUCCGAGAAAUGAGAUUGACGAACAGGGGGACGCCCAACUAUCUGAGCCCGGCUUGAAUGACUUUAGGCCAAUGCCAAGAAACCUUUUUGUUGGGGGAGUAGAACAGGAUCACCUAAGUGAAACGGAUGAUGAAAGAACACCAACUGGGUAUGCAACCCAGCCUGAACAGUUCCAAAUUCCAACAGGAACAAGACAAAGACCUUCUAGACCAUACAAUUCACAGCAUGAACGACCUGAAAGGGAUGCACAACCCGCUGCGGUUGUUGCAACUAGAAACUCCCCCGCGCUAAGCAACAUAGUAGUGCCGACCAGGCCAAGGGGAAGUGGGAAGCUGAAUAUCGAGCCCAGCUCGUCCAAACAUAGUGAAGAACUGAUGAGAAAGAACGCAGACCUGGAAAGUGCUCCUUUGAACUUAUCCAUCACAGCAGAGCCGUAUCAAGAGGGAUUCAAAAUUCCCCACCUGGAGACAUAUGAUGGCUCAGGCGACCCUGAUGAACAUCUGCACACUUAUCAAGCCAUCAUGAGAAUCCAGAACGCCAAUGAUGCCAUGAUGUGCAAACUCGCCAAGCUAUUCUCCAACAAAUUUGCGAGCCAAAGAGAGAUUAAACGUACAGCGACUGAACUAAUGCAGGUUCAUCAGAAAGAGGGAGAAUCUUUGAGGGACUACAUGCAGCAAUUCAACAAAGCUACUUUGGACAUUGAUAACGUCCCCGAUACCAUUUGCUUAUCUGCCUUGUUGCAUGGUUUGAAGCCUGGCCGGUUUCUGGACGACCUGCUGGAGAAUCCACCCAAAUCGUGGAAUGAAGUAAAUGAUAGGUCAGCAAGUUUCAUAUUAUUCGAAGAUUUUCAAUCUUCUAAGAGACGAGCUGAUGACAGGCAAGGAAAAGAGCCCAAGCAGCCUGAAAACAGAGACGACAAGAAGAAACAGAAGGUUGGCGAGCAGAGAGGGAAACCACCUUCCUAUCCAAAAUAUGACAGCUAUAUCCCCCUAAGCUCGUCACGAUCCCAGAUAUUGGCACAGAUACAGCAUUGGGUCAAGAGACCCCCUCCGCAAACGCAUGAUUCUUCACGAGCUGACAGAAGCAAAUACUGCGACUAUCACCGUGUUUACGGCCAUAACACAGAAGACUGUCAGAGUCUGAAGGACGAGCUCGAAUUCUUGGCUCGCAAUGGAAAAUUGGAGGGGUAUGUGCAGAAGCCUUUUGUUCGGCAACCCACCCAAACCCACUUUGUACAAGAGUACAGCCGAUCUCAAGCACCUGGAUAUCAGCUCGGUAGCAAUCCAAAUUCUUACCAGGCAGGUCCAUACUCAUCUGAGCCGAACAGAGCAUACAGGGGACGCCCGUUCAAUAGGCGCGGGCAAGGACAGAAAACACCUACACAGAAUCAAAAGGACCAUAGAGGGGUGGGGUAUGGUGGAAUACCCCCACCAUCUAGCACAAUCAAUAUGAUCUCUGGUGGUAUGCACUCAGGAGGCCAGAGUGCCCGAGCCCGCCAGGUGAUGACAGUCAACAAAAACAGGCCCUUGAAGCGGCCGUUCGAGGGGGCAGAGUGGGAGAAUGCAACUAUCACAUUCAGCCCGGCAGAUUAUAAGCGAGCAGACGGAGAACCCAACGUUAUGAUGCCUCACGCAGAUCCAUUUGUGGCAACGGUCCAUAUAGGUAAUCAUAACGUCAACAAGGUCUUUAUUGACACGGGUAGCUCGCCAGAUAUCCUUUACUGGAGCUGCUUCCAGAAGAUGCAGUUGAACCCGAGCUCGCUGCAGAAAUAUGAAGGACCCAUCUACGGGUUCGAUAAUCAGCUCGUCCCGGUGGAAGGGGUCAUAACUCUACCCAUCUAUGUGGGCUCAGAACCGCGCUUUAGGAUGGCUUCCGUCAGCUUUCUGGUAGUAAAGAUGGAGUCAGCUUUUAACGCCAUAUUGGGAAGGGCUACUUUGUGCGAGCUGAAAGCUGUUAUCUCACAACCCCACCUCUGCAUGAAAUUCCCAACUCCUCAGGGGGUAGGAGUGCUUAAAGGAAAUCAAAAGAUGGCUAGAGCCUGCUAUCAAGAUACUUUCAAAAAGGUUGAGCUUGCUGCUGCUCCUUCAGGCUCCGAAAAUUGCAGACCAACCCAGCUCGGUCAGCAGACGAUGAGUAUAUCAGACAUUGAGCACCGACCUGAGGGUGUCGAGCAAAAAGCAGAGCCAGUGGAGCAAGUAGAAACAGUCCCUCUAAACCCUGAUGUGCCAGAAAGAACGGUCAAGAUCGGCACCAAACUCACAGAAGAGGAACGGGCAGAGCUUCUGGAGUUUUUGAGGGUUAAUCAGGAUGUAUUUGCUUGGACUACGGAUGAAAUGCCUGGCAUCCCAACGGAGUUGACAGUCCACAAGCUCAGCACGGACCCCACCAGAAGGCCGGUGGUGCAAAAACGCCACCUUUUUGGCCCCGAGAAGCAAGCUGCCAUAGACGAAGAGGUACAAAAGUUGCUACAGGCAGGCUUCAUCAGAAGAGUGGAGUACUCUGAGUGGGUGUCCAAUCCCGUGCUCGUGAAAAAACCAAAUGGCAAGUGGAGGAUAUGCAUUGACUUCACCAACUUGAAUGAGGCGUGUCCAAAAGACCCUCAUCCCUUGCCAAAUGUGGAAAAAUUAGUAGAGCGGGAGAAGACAGCUUUUUACGCUGGUGACGCAAUCUACUGCUAUGUCAUGAUGCCGUUUGGCCUCAAAAAUGCUGGAGCAAUAUACCAGAAGCUGGUGCAAAUCAUCUUUAAGCUCCAGAUCAGCAAAAACAUAGAAGUAUAUGUGGAUGACAUGAUAGUCACCAGUGUGCGAGCUGAGGAUCACAUAGGCGACCUGGAUGAAACUUUUCAAAACCUGCGCCGAGCACAAAUGAAGCUGAAUCCUUUGAAAUGCACGUUUGCUGUGGAAUCAGGGAAAUUCCUAGGAUACGUGGUAUCCAAGAAAGGAAUUGAAGUAAAUCUAGAGAAGGUCCAGGCCAUUCAGCAGAUGGAGCUUCCCAAGACUGUAAAAGAUGUACAGCGUCUGACAGUUCGUAUAGCAGCAUUGCACAGGUUUAUAGCCAGGUCGGUUGAAAGGUGCCUCCCGUUCUUUAAAGCCCUGCGAGAGCCUAAAAACUUCGAGUGGACCGAUGAAUGUCAACAGGCGUUUGACGAGCUCAAACAAUAUCUGGCAUCAGCACCCCUGCUGUCCAAACCUGUCGAUGGGGAAUGUUUAUAUCUGUAUCUGGGGGUCACAGAAGAAGCAAAUUAUCCAUUAGCAGAGAAGGCUGCUUUUGCCCUAGUGUGCACAGCUCGUAAGUUAAGAGCCUACUUCCAAUCACAUCAGAUUGUUGUCUAUACCGAUCUGCUGUUGAGGAAGAUACUGCAAAAACCGGAACUCUCUGGUCGGCUUAUUGGAUGGAGCGUCGAGUUGAGUGAAUACAAUCUCAAAUUUCAGCCGCGCACAACCAUAAAAGGUCAGGCCAUUGCAGACUUCCUUGUCGAAUGCAUCUCGGCGACAGAGGAAGAAAAGACACCUGAAUACCCAGUCUGGGUUUUGUAUGUUGACAGAGUUGCUAACGUUGAAGGGUCAGGCGUUGGAGCUGUGUUGAUAGGCCCAGAUGGCUUUAAAUCCGAGCAUGCGUUACGGUUUAAGUUCCAGACCACUAAUAAUGCUGCCGAGUAUGAAGCUCUCAUUUAUGGUUUAAAGCUGGCGUCCGAGCUGAAGGUGCAGAGCAUACAAGUUUUUAGUGAUUCUCAGCUCGUUGUGUGCCAGGUAAAUGGCAGCUGCGAAGUUAGGGAUCCCCAGCUUGGCCGUUAUACCUCUGUGGUCGACAGAUUGAAGUCAAGAUUUGCUUCAUUUCGGAUCGACAAGAUACCCAGAGCAGAUAACCAACGAGCCGACGAACUGUCAAAGUUAGCCUCCUCACACGAGACCAACCCUCAUAGGUCAACGAUAAUGGAGGUACUUGAUGCUCCUAGUUACACCGACUUCACAGUCGAAUGUCAGCUGCUUAGCACAGAUCCCUCUUCGCUGAGCUGGACUACACCGCUCGUAAAUUAUCUGCAAAGUGGCGAGUUACCUGAAGAUCCAUCCGCUGCGAAAUUGAUUAAACGCAGGGCGGCACAUUUCACUUUGUUAGAUAACCAGCUCUACAAACGAGCAACCUCAAUGCCCCUAUUACGCUGCCUUACUCCUUACGAAGCUGAAUACGCUGUGAGGGAAGUUCACGAAGGAACCUAUGUCAAAAAAUGUCCGACCUGCCAGUUCAAUGCUGAUGAUAUACACAUGCCAGGGGAAAUGCUAUCAUCUCUCACGUCUCCCUGGCCCUUCGCUCAAUGGGGUGUCGACCUGCUCGGCCUUUUCAUCAAAGGCAAAGGAGGUUGCACUUUCCUGGUCGUUGCAGUGGAUUACUUCACUAAGUGGAUAGAAGCUAAACCAUUGUCCACGACAACAGAAAGGAAAAUAGAAGAAUUCUUGUUCAAUUCAAUACUGUGCAGAUUCGGCAUACCUAAGCGGAUUAUCGCCGACAAUGGGCCACAGUUCCGAGCAGCAGCACUGAGAUCGUUUUGUAACGACUAUGGCAUUGAGCUCGCCUUGACAUCCGUGUAUACUCCACAGUCUAACGGACAAGCCGAGUUCGCCAAUAAAAUCGUCUUCUCGGCCACGGGCGAAACCCCUUUCAGCUUGGCCUAUGGAGCUGAGGCCGUCAUCUCAGUAGAGGUUGGAUUGCCAUCUGAUCGAGCAGGCUGGCAUGACGAUCUCAACAAUGAGCAACUGUUGAGAGAAAACCUAGACUUCGUAGAAGAGGUCAGAGAGAUGUCUAGAAUAAGAAUCAUGGCGCAUCAAAGUCGUGUUGCAAGAUUGACGAAUGCUUACUCGCACAUGGGCAAGCUCGCGCCUAAUUGGGAAGGACCUUAUAUGGUUAUUUUUAAUUAACGACCUGGGUCUUACCGGUUAGCAGAUUUACAAGGUCGUCCAUUACCAUUCAUUUGGAACAUACAUAACCUUAGAAAGUUUUACAGUUAGGAGUUAGCUUUACAGUUAACAUGUAUGUCACUAGUGUUCAGGUCGUUGUGGAUCAUUUGUAGAUGGUAAUUUACAGAAAAUUCAAUACAGAAAUUUCCAAAGAACAGUUUUGAAUUUGCAUUUGAUCAAUGAAUUCUUACAUCAGGA